AUGUAUUACAAUAAAUACGAUUCAGUGUAUGAUAAAACUUUCAUUAUUUUUCAAAAUAUCAUAUUCAGAAUAAUAGGACUGUCGCCAUGGACAUUAAAUGUUUGUAAAAUGCACCGUAAAAAUCGUAGCAUGGAUGUUCCGGAUUACAAGUGUGAAUUUUCUGUAGUAGGAUAUUUGUACAAUAUUUCAUUGAUAAUUUCUCAUGUCUGUCUAACUGUUUACGUAAAAUUUAUUGCAGUAUCUGGAGUUCAUACUGAUGGUCUCAUUACCAAACGGGUAAAUUUAAUUUUAUUUUCGAUUGAUACGGCUUUUGUGUGUGGAAUGUUAUUAAUGUACGUCAUAAAUAACAAAGUGAUGAUAAAGAUUCUUAACCGAUUAAAAGACGUCGAUCAAAAACUGGUAAAGUGCGCGGCUUACGAAUAUCAAACUAACCGAAGUAUUUUUUUGAUAAACUUUUUCGUAAGCAUUUGCUAUGGAUUUCUUGUAUUUUACGACAACCUAUCACUAGCAUGGCUGCAAGAACAAACUUCGGCUUUUCUCACUUGCUGGAUAUUAACGCAAUACACACUUUUAAUGGAAAAAAUUUUAAAGCGAUUCAAAAUGAUAAAUCUUGCUCUAUCCAAACUUGAUGUCAAAAAGAAAGAUACUUAUAGGUCGGGACGAUUAUCCGUGAUAUAUUACAAUUCAUUGCAGCAAUCACUUAUUCAUGAAAUUAAAAAUGCUCAUUUCGAGUUGUGCAGAAUUUGCCAGGAAAUUAACAAUUUCUAUGGAGUGAUUAUGUUAUUUUUGAUUAUUGAUUGUAGUUUUAUGAGUGUGAUGGUCUUGUAUGUUGUAACUUUUUCAUUACACAAUGAUUUUGAAUUCGAUAUUAGCGAUGUUACGGAUGCAAUAUGGCUACUGUGGAUGGCUUACAAUAUCGUUCUUUUUACUGUUUUUAUUGCUUCAACAGAGGAAGACAGCCAAAAAACGGCAGAUAUUAUCAAUAUACUCAUGGACGAAUGCGCCAUGGACGAGAUAGUCGAAAAAAAAUUGUCCAAAUUUUCUCACGAUAUUAUUCAGCGGAAGCUCAAAUUUAUCGCAUGUGGUAUUCUUCCGCUAAAUCGUAAACUUUUGCCAACUGUAAGUACAAUUUAUUCCUUAAUGAUUUCUUUUAGUUUGAUGAUAACUUUUUCUCUUGAACAAAUUUAUUUUUUGUUUCAGAUCACUAGCACUAUUGUGGCGUAUUUCAUUAUUCUUUUACAAUUUCGCUCUUAG